AUGGAGAUGAUUCACCAGAAUGUGUUCUCUUUUGUGUUUUGGGGCACAAACAGCGAGUUGGAGUCACCCCUGAUGUAUGAGGUUCCGGAACUGCAGCAGGGCAGCGCCAGCGGCAGCUCGGGAAGUAGCUCGGGUAGCUCCAUCACUGCGUGUAAGAAGGUUCUCCGCAGCGACCGCCUGCUGGAAUCUACAGACUACUGGCUGCAGAAUCAGAGGACGCCCUGCCAAAUUGGUUUUCUGGAAGACAAGUCUGAAAACUGCGCUUCUGUCUGCUUUGUGAACGUGGAUGUGAACAAGGAUGCAUGCAGUACAGAGCACCUGCAGCAGAAAUUGGGCAAUGUCUCACCAGAUCUUCCAAAACUUAUAAGCUCCAUGAAUGUCCAAAAGCCAAAAGAAAAUGAAAUUGUCCUCCUAAGUGGGUUAACAUCUGGAAAUCUCCAGGCAGAUUUUGAAGUUUCACAGUGUCCUUGGUUGUCAGAUAUCUGCUUGGUCCAGUGUGCAAGAGGGAACAGACCAAACAGUACCGACUGCAUCAUCUUUGAAAUCAACAAAUUUUUGAUUGGUCUGGAACUGGUGCAGGAGCGGCAGCUCCACCUGGCAACAAACAUCUUAAAAGUGGAGGAUGACACAAACUGUUCCUUGUCUUCAAUUGAAGAAGACUUUCUCACCGCAUCCGAGCACUUGGAGGAGGAAAGUGAGGUGGAAGAAUACAGGAACGGUUAUGAAAAUAUAAAUGUCUCAGACAACGUUUUGGAAAAUAAAAAGCCAAAGGAAGCCACUCAGGAGGAAUGGAAUUACAAAAAGGAAAAGCUACUUUAUGCUUUGGAAGAUAAAUAUGUUAGCAAAUAUCAUACGCCGUUGAUUGAAACAGAAGGAUAUCUGGGAAAAGUGGCAGAAGAUACAGGUUUGCAGAGUCUAGAUCCCUCAACCAAGCCAUCAGAGUGGAAAGGUGAAGUUGUGGGGAAUGAUAAGCCAACCACAAAUUAUUAUUAUUCAGAAAAUUUUAAAGGUCAAGAGGGAAAAUCACAGACACUAUGUAUUCCAGGCAAUGCUUAUUUCUCAGGGAUGGUUAAGAGAGAUGGACCUUCUGCAUGUGGUACUUUCUCUGAGCAUGACAGCAGUUUAGACCCAGGAGACCAUGAAGAUGGCACAAACUCUAUUCUUCCCAUAAAAGACGGAGAAGCCACAACCGGCGAAUAUGCUACGAAUUUAGCAGAAUCUGUGCUGCAAGAUGCAUUUAUUCGAUUAUCUCAGUCUCAGCCUACCCUACCCCAGGAAUCUGCAGUCAGUGUUUCUCUAGGAAGUGCACUGCUCCCCAGUGGUUGCUCCACAGAAGAUAUCGGGGUCCCUCGGUCAUGGAAUGAGCUCCCCCAAAUUGUCAUUGUUGAGAGUCCAGAAGGCAGCGAUGCUGGCCCUGAGCCAGGUAUCUCCUCAUGGCCCAAGGCAGAAGUCUCACUUGAAACUUCAGGCAUCCUCUCUGGAGAGAACUCCAGCGAACACCCCCAGAGUGCUCUAGAAGUAGCAUUAGCUUGUGCAGCCACUGUGAUUGGAACCAUUUCCAGUCCACAGGCCACAGAAAGAUUCAAAAUGGAGCAAGAAUCCCUGGUUUCAAACCAUCCACUGGGAGGAAAUGAAGCAGUGCAAACUCAGUCAUCUCGAGUAUUCAAGGAACACUCCGUCAGCAAAUAUUCCUUCCCAUCUGCUCUGUGUGGCGUGACUCAGGUGGUAAGUGCCAUUGCUGUCUGUGGCCUGGGUGAAGCAGGAGAGGUGAAGUGCCCUGUGGCUUCAAGUGGCUUCUUGUCUGCAGCUGACGUUUCUGCAGCAGUCCCCCCACUUUGUGGUUCAGUGACCGGGAAGACCAUGGAGCUGGGGAAUGAAGUCAUUGCAGAGGCAUUGCUCAAGGAGGCCACUCUGGUCUUAACAAGACCUAAUGUCUACAGCAGCAUUGGAGACCUCAUGGAAUCAAUGAAUAGGAGAAUCGUAGAAACUGUUUCAAAGCCUCAGACCCUGUGCUCAGAAAAUGUCCUUGGGAAUGAACUGGCACAGACCCUGUCCAAUGUUAUCCUGAAGCAUUCCAUUGAUGAAGUUCACCAGAAAAAUCAAAUAAUCGACCCCAACGAUGGCAGGCACUCAUCUGAAACCCUGGACACCUUAAUGGAAAGUACAAAUCAGCUGCUCUUCAAUGUGAUAUGCUUCACUUUCAAGAAAAUGAGCCAGCUUGUACAGCUUGGUGAACGUCCCGCCGUCCUUUCUAAGGAGACCAUCAGAUGGAGGGAAACCGAACUAGACUUCCAGCCAACUGAUCAGGCCACUUGUCAAGCACGGACAAAAGCCACUGACUACUACAGCAGCCAUCCACUUAGCAACCUGCAUAGCACCAGCCUUGUUAUCAAUGAUCUUGUAGACGAUGAGCAUCCAAAGCAAGAGAGCAAGGACCCAGAGAAGCCCGGCCUCUCCCAGAACCCCCCACUGCAAUCUGAAUUGUCCUGUAUUCCCAGAGUGUCUGUUAAAACAGCCCCCAAGGAAAUACAUCUGAAAGGAAUGGUGGGAGAGGAUACAAAAAACCCUCAUCAACAAUCCAGUCACAAUGAGAAUGAAUGCAGAGCCCCUUCAGAGGGAGAAAUGACACCAACCGUUGGCAAGUACAACAUCAGUUCCCGGGACGUUGAGGACAGCAUCAAUCCAAAUGCUCAAGAAAAGUACAAUCGUGCCUCACCUCUAAACAAUGAAGUUCAAGCUAACCUGUCUUUGUUAGGGAAUGAUUUGCUGCUUCCUGCUCAAUCCAUGCUACCGGCAAAACGCACAGACAUAUACUGCAUUGCAGACUUUGCAGAAGAAUUAGCAGAGACCAUUGUUUCCAUGGCAACUGAAAUAGCAGCGAUUUGCCUUGACAACUCCAAUGGAAAACAACCCUGGUUCUGUGCAUGGAAAAGAGGGAAUGAGUUUCUGGUUACCCCCAACGUAUCCUGCCGACCCUUGAAGAGGAAGAAAGAGAGCCAGGCCGGUGGGGCCCCUGUGAGGAAACACAAGCCACCGCGACUCAGCGAGAUCAAGAGGAAAACAGAUGAGCACCCAGAGCUUAAAGAGAAGCUGAUGAACAGGGUUGUGGACGAGUCGAUGAACCUUGAGGACGUCCCAGAUUCUGUAAAUAUUUUUGCAGACGAAGUGGCGGCCAACAUCAUGAACCUCACAGAGUUCUGUAUGGUGGACGGUGUCUGGCAAGCCCAGAGCUAUCCUCGGAGUCGGUUACUCAGUGGAGACAGGUGGAGCCGGCUGAAGGCCUCCAGCUGUGAGAGCAUUCCAGAGGAGGACUCCAACGCCAGGGCGUAUGUGAAUAGCCUGGGUUUAGUGAGUACCCUAAGCCAGCCAGCUAGCAGGGCCAGCUCCGUCUCCAAGCAGUCGAGCUGUGAGAGCAUCACCGAUGAGUUUUCCAGGUUCAUGGUGAACCAGAUGGAAAAUGAAGGAAGAGGGUUUGAGUUACUGCUGGAUUACUACGCAGGCAAGAAUGCCAGCAGUAUUCUGAACUCAGCUAUGCAACAGGCCUGCCGGAAAAAUGACCACCUCGCUGUGAGGCCAAGCUGUUCCUCAAAGCAGUCCAGCACCGAGAGCAUCACCGAGGAGUUCUAUAGGUACAUGCUGAGGGACAUUGAACGAGAGAGCAAAGACGGCGCCUCCUCCGGAGGAAGCAGCCAGGACUGGACGACUGGCUUGCUGUCGCCUUCUCUGCGAUCCCCGGUGUGUUACAGACAGUCAUCCAUGCCCAACAGCAGAUCCCUGGGCGCCAGGCUGACGGUGAACGUGCCCAUCAAAGCCAACUCCUUAGAUGGCUUUGCUCAAAACAGCCAGCAAGAUUUCCUCAGCGUACAGCAGGUCAGUAGCGCUUCCUCAUCGGGUCUCUGCAAAUCUGACUCUUGCUUGUAUCGGAGAGGUGGGGCCGACCAGAUCACAAACAUGUUAAUUCACGAGACGUGGGCAAACUCAAUCGAAGCCCUCAUGCGGAAGAACAAAAUUAUAGUGGACGACGCCCGGGCAGCUGAUGCUGAGCCUGCUUCCGGUGGCUCUUCCUUGCAGGUGGAGAAGUGUGCAAGCAGAUUGGCUUCGAGCAGAGUGCAAAGUGGGCCAGCUCUGCUUGUUCAGGAGUCUGUUGAUUACCCGAGGAAAAACUCUAUUACUGAAAGCAAACAUCCCCCAAUGUCGUCUCCAAGCAAAGCUGCGCCUCUUGCAAACCGCAAUAGUUUAGAUUCUAGAAAGGAAACUUCCUCGUGCCAGGAUGCUGUCCUUCUAAGCCACACCAGGCGAUCACUUUGCUCAAGGGAAGUGCCUUUAAUUCAGAUCGAAACAGAUCAGAGAGAAGGAUGUGUUGGAGAACCUGAACACGUCCUUUCCAAACGCAGCCCCCUAGAGGAAGCAGAAGAGUGUUUGAAAGAAGAAAAGGUCCCACAUGUGGUGAGGGGUGGAGACACUACUGUGAGUUCCUGCCAAAACCCUAGUGACAGCCUUGAUGCCAGAGAUGUACCAGAGGCUGAAGUCUCAACAGAAGGCAGAGCCCCCGAUGAGUUCUCCAACCCUCCCGGCAGCAGUGGAGAGAGCACAGACAGCUGGUCCCAGCUCGCCAAUGAGGAAGACAACCCAGAUGACACCAGCAGCUUCCUGCAGCUCAGCGAGCGAUCCAUGAGCAAUGGCAACAGUAGUGCCACUAGCAGUCUUGGCAUUAUGGACCUGGACAUUUAUCAGGAAAGCAUGCCAUCUUCUCCCAUGAUUAAUGAAUUAGUAGAAGAAAACGAGAUUCUUAAAGGACAGUCAGAAAACACAGAGGAACAUGCCUCUGGAAUGCCAGUGGGAACGGCCAGCCGCCAGGGGAGCCUGCUGGUGAUCAACUUUGACCUGGAGCCAGAAUGUCCUGACACUGAGCUUCAAGCCACUCUGCAGUGGAUAGCUGCCUCUGAACUCGGGAUCCCCACUAUCUACUUUAAGAAAUCUCAAGAAAACAGAAUCGAAAAGUUUCUAGAUGUCAUGCAGCUGGUUCAUCAGAAGUCCUGGAAAGUGGGAGAUCUCUUUCAUGCAGUUGUUCAGUACUGCAAAAUGCAUGGGGAGCAGAGGGGUGGGACCCCGAGUCUCUUUGACUGGCUCUUGGAACUGGGAUAA